AUGCACAUUACACGUGCUAUCCCUUGCAAGUGGUAUAUAAGAUCAAGCAAAGGUCUGAUGGCACUGUUGAGACUUGAGAGGUAUAAAGCUAGAAUUGUUAUCAGAGGUGACACCCAAAAGGAAAGCAUAGAUUACACUAAAACAUUCUCUCCAGUUGUAAAAUUGACUACUGUCAAGUGUCUCUUGUCAUUAGCAGUUAAGAGAAACUGGACUGUUUCUUCUUCCUCUUCAUCCACUCCUUUGGUUUGCAAGCUCAAGAAAUCACUAUAUGGCCUCAAACAGGCUUCUAGACAGUGGUUUUCUAAACUGUAUGAAGUCUCCAGAGGCUACAUAUCUAGCAAAAAUGAUUAUUCCCUCUUCACCAAGUCUUCAGGGGAUUCUUUAGUUGUUCUUGUUGUCUAUGUUGAUAAUAUAUUACUGGCUGGAUCUGAUAUUGCUGAAAUGACCAGUGUCAAAGCAUUCUUAGAUGCUCAAUUUAGGAUCAAAGAUCUGGGUCUUGUCCAUUAUUUUUUGGGUUUGGAAAUUGUUCCUCAUUCAGGUGGUUAUCUUAUGAAUCAACACAAGUUCACAUCUGAUUUACUAGAGGAGUUUCAUUGUUCUCAUUUCACUCCUAUUUCUUCUCCCUUGGACUCAUCUCUCAAGUUGGAUUCAGAUGUCGGUGACCUUAUUCAUGAUCCUAGUUCUUAUAGGAGACUCAUUGGCAAGCUUAAUUUUCUACAACAUACUAGGCGUGAUAUCUCUUUCUCUAUACAACACCUUAGUCAAUUUUUGCAUUGUCCACAAGUACCACACGUGCUUGUUGCUCUCCAUGUUCUGAAGUAUCUCAUGUCUGCUCCUGAUUUGGGUAUUGUAUUGAACUUUUCUUCUGAUUGUUCUCUUGUGGCAUUUUCUGAUUCUAACUGGGCUUAUUGUCCCACUUCAAGAAGAUCUGUUACUGGGUUUUAUAUAACUCUCGGUGGUUGCCUUGUGUCUUGGAAGUGCAAGAAACAACCCACCAUUGCCCUGUCAUCUGCUGAGGCCGAGCUGCUUGGUGACGCUGGUCUUUCUAUUACAAAGCCUGUUCCUAUUCAUCGUGACAGCCAGGCUGCUCUUUAG